AAGCAGACAGAGGGCUCUGUUGGUUCAGAAAUCUCGCCUCCCAGCGGUAGCAGAAAGCAUUGUAUGACAACUACUUAAUUUUUCAUACCCCCAGCAGACGGCCACGGCCCCAGCAUCAACAAACGCCAAUGUAACCAAUGAUGUUACUUUCUGUGCAGGCCGUUUCGAAGCUUAAAUCAUUAGAAUAAAGAAGAAGUGGUUUACUUGCUCUGUGCCUGAUGAUGGAAACUGCAGCUGUCAGUGGUAUUCUAGUGCUCUGGGGCUCAGGCAGCACAGCCCAAUAGCAGUACGAUAUGAGAUGGAUCAUUCACAUCUCAAUCCACAGUUGGAAACUUUGAACUGGGAGGAGGAAGAGCCUCUCAAAUGUGACAUUAAGAUGGAAGACCCUGAUGAUCCUGGAUUGGAAACAGAUUUCCGUAACAGCUUUGAUGCCCUCAACAGUGAUGUAAAGAAGUCUACCUCAGCGGCUCAUAAAAAUAACAUGAAGUUCAUCUUAACCGAAAUGAAGAUUGAAACACGACAAGAUGAUGUGAGGCAACCAGGAGAAAACGACAUCAACAAACGCUCUCAUGUAAGCAAGAAGCAGUUGGUAACGAUUAAGUGUCCGGGUUGUAAGAGGAUCUUCUCAAAGAACUAUUGGGGAUUGGUGGAUAUGUCUCACCACAUUAUGUCCAGUCAUCGUCAAAAUAUGAGGAAUUAUGUGUUUUCUACCAAAAUGAAAUAUGGUUGUCCUCAAAAGUCCUACACUUUUCGGAGAAGAAUGAAACGUGAAGAUAAGUGA